AGCAGUGGAGUAACUGGACCAAUUCCACAGGAGCUUUCAAACUUAAAAUCCCUUCAAACUUUGUAUUUUCAUGAUCACCUCUUUUCUACUUUGAAAUAGUAAGCAUAUGAGUAUUAUAUCUCCAAGUUCAUUGUGGACUAAUAUUUCUUGUUUCAGCUGGGCAUCUGAUAAUCUCUUCACCGGAAAACUCCCACAGUUCUUAGGGACUCUUACAGAACUCAUAGACUUGCGACUUGAAGGCACGUUGCUUGAUGGACCAAUUCCAAGCAAUUUUGGUGCUCUAACCAAACUAGACAUCUUGAGAAUUGGUGAUCUUAGCAAGGAAGAUUCUUCUCUUGAUUUUUUGGAAAAUCUAACAAGUUUGUCCAUGCUGUCUUUGAGAAGUUGUCGAGUAUCUGGAGAAAUUCCUGAACAAAUUGGAAAGUUUUCCAAGUUGCAAUACCUAUAUCUUGGAAACAAUUACUUGAGUGGAGAACUACCUACAAGUAUUGUAAGUCCACAGCUUAUUGCACUGUAA